AUUAAUCUAAACUAUUUGGUUAGGUUAAAUUAGUUUAGAAAUAUAAUCUGACAUUAAUAGUUUGUAGAUAGAGAUAUAUUGCACUGCUACGGCUAAUUGACGUAUCUUUAGAUUUUACAAACUUCGUGUUAUGAGCAAUUCGGAUACUAAAAAUUAUUUUUUAUAUGAUUCCUAAACCAGGAAGUCGUAUUUAUUUUGUGUAUUCUCAUAAUUGCCUACAAAAGUUCUAUGUAUUUGCAUUGUGCCACGUGCUAUGGCAAAGCAUGGGAGCCGAGCUUUUCCGAACUUUUCCGAACUUUGUCGACCUAUUCCGAUCUAUUCCGAUCGGUGGCGAUCGGCGCCAUUUUGUUAUUCCCGAGUCAAAGUUUUGACAGACGCGUCAAUUUGUCGUAGCAGGACAGUAUUUAGAAGAUAAAAGGUAAGAUUCAUUAUUCUAAAAGUGCUUUUAAAUAUACGACGAUACGUAAUCAAUACUUGAGUCCAUCUGUUAAUCAUUAUAUUACAAAUUGAACUUGGAUACAGUGUUACAGACGACGCAAAACUCGAGUAAGUGUUUCGUACGUUACGAAGUGGCGUUUCUCGUUGGCACGAGUGGUACUUGUUCCUGAAAACUAGAGGCAAAACCAGACAGCCAGACGUGGGACGUUCGGGAGGACCUGCGCGUUCCAUUACCCUGCGGGAUCAGUCGACAUUCGAAGCGGCACUCACGUUCCGCGGCCGUGCCGCGCGCACCUUUAUAUGGCCUCACUAAAUCGUCCUUUUGAGUCCUGCACGAUCGAACCUUCUGUUAUUCAUUGCCGCGAUAAACGUCGUGAAUGUCGAACAACCUUCGCGUUCCACUCUGUUGACGAAGGUACGAGACGGUUGCUGUUCGUGCCUUGAUCGCAAACUAUGUACUACUUCAUAACUAAAUUGAUUCAUCGAUCUGUUAUUGAUGCGGGACCGAGGUCAGAGAGGUUAGGUCCGUUUGAUAAAACAGUGAAACGCGUUUUUCUAUUUCAAUGAGUUAUUUCUCAACGAAAUAUUUUCAUCAAUAGUUUUUAUUAACGUUACUACGUUGUUUACUGAAAAGAAGGUUCUGUCGGAGGAUUUUUUUUUUAUAUUUCGGACUGAUUAGAUAACUGACGAUGAGUGCGAAGUACGUCGGUAUUGUGAAAUCGGUUUCGGAGUGCACGUGUAUUUAACGAGUGACCAGUGAUGCUGGAGUUACAUUGUGCUGCAUUUCUGGAGCUGCAUUCCCCUGCAAUUGGUCUACAACGAUAGUGACGUCAUCUACCCUGUAGCCUGUCCAUGGGUCGUUAGAUCCAACCCCUGAGGAGAAGAACUUUCAACGAAAUUCCAAGGGUAGAGGAUUCCCCCUAUUCAUGUCCACCAGCAUUUUAGGACAGAAAAAAGCUCAACCAGGAUCAUCAGAACCAAUGGAUUCCAGAAACUCAGCAACCAAAUUAAUAGCUAAUUAACGUUCGCUUAAUUACUAAUCCUCUGAGCCUGUGACCUUCGCGCGAUAAAUUGGACAUCGCAAACUGAAGUGUGAUAUCAGACUAAAAAAAAUUCUGUGAUUUUUAUGAUUCGAAAUCCAAAUUGUGAAGUGUUUCAAAAAAACUGAUGGUCGAAUCGAACUCUGAAGGAGUACUACAGUAAAAAAAAAAAGGAAACAGGUGAUUUUCUGUACGAAAAGUGGUCGAUCUAAUUCUCUAAAAUAUUCAAACAUUAAAUAAACUAAACAAUGCUCGGUUCCGUUGAAACGUUACAAAUGAAUUCGGCGAAUCGAUAGUGCGGGAUCGUAAAUCCUAUCCCGGGUCAAACCUGUGUGUCUGAUGAAUAAUACAAUUCUUCCGGUCGCGUUGGAUCCUCGCCUCCGUAGUCAGCCAGUGAUCGAAAAGCUUCGGGCCGGUUCGUAGAAUCCUUAUCGACUGACAACUGUAAGGUAUCCCUUUCCCGACGCUGGCGUCCCGACGUCGACGUCGUUGCCCGUUAACGUUGAUCCUGUAAGGAUAUUUAAAGAGACGACAGUGAUCCGUGACGUUUAUCGUUCGCGCGAUGAGUGAUAAAUCAAGUGCUAAACCGUUCGAGCAUUGACCCCGAUUCGAAUAAGUGAUAUCGCGAUCAGUUAUGAUUCUGGACAGUGAUUUGCAUACGGAACGCAAAUAAGCUAAACGAAGAGAAAGGGUAACAGAGUGACAGUGAUGUGGGUGAAUCCGGAUCGUGAUUUCAACAGUCUACGACGAUCUCUGUGAGUAAUUGAUCAAGGAGAUCGGAGGUGUGUUUACGUUCGUCGAAGCUCUUCUUAAAAGAAGAAGGAUAAACGUAGAGAACAGAAGGAAAGGAAGAGUGACAUCAUGAAGGACCGUCGUAGAAGAUGGCUGUACGUGGCGCUACCAUUAAUCACCUUCCUUUCGCAUCAAAUCGAGUGCGCGGCGAAAAGCAGCGGUGUGUCGGUGGAACACCAUCCGUCUUCUUACUGGGAGCAACCCUUUAGCCAGCCUUACUUCGACAACACGACCAAGAGGGAGACCACCACGACCGUCGGCCAAUCCGCUUACCUGCACUGCAGGGUGCGCAAUCUUGGCGAUCGUGCUGUCUCGUGGAUCAGGAAACGAGAUUUACACAUUCUCACCGUAGGCAUCUUAACAUACACGAACGACCAACGCUUUCAGUCGUUGCACACCGACGGAAGUGACGAAUGGACCCUGAAGAUUAGUUCACCACAGGUGCGAGAUAGCGGAACGUACGAGUGUCAAGUCUCAACCGAACCGAAAAUCAGCCAGGCUUAUAACCUGAGCGUAGUAGUGUCAAAGGCGAAGAUUAACGGUAAUUCAGAGCUGUACAUCAAAAGCGGAAGCGACAUCAAUCUGACCUGCAUCGUACUGCAGACACCCGAGCCGCCGUCCUUCAUUUAUUGGUACAAGGGUGAUCACGUGAUAAAUUACAGUCAAAGGGGAGGCAUUAGCGUGGUGACUGAAAAGCAAACGCGAACAUCGCAUCUCUUGAUAUCCAGAGCGUUACCUGCUGAUUCUGGAAAUUACACAUGUGCCCCGUCUACGGCCGAGUCAGCCAGUAUCCUAGUCCACGUACUCAAUGGAGAGCAUCCAGCGGCGAUGCAACACGGAAACUCGAGCAACAGCGGUGCAGCGACGAGGACGCUCGCGUUGCUCCUGUUGCUUCUGCACGCCGGUUCGUUCGCGAGGUGACUGGUCGAUCACGGUGCCAUGCAAUAAAAACGAAACCGAACCGCCGUUUCUCCCUUACGUAAUCGGACAAAGGCAAAGGAGCGUGGUAGAAGGGAUGAAGCGAAGAAGCAAGUCGAAGGAAGGAAACUGCCAGCAUCGACCACCCUGUGCCCCAACAUCGUUCCGAAUCUUGCUUUCAAAGAGAGCAGAGAGACCCAGUGAUCAUCAAAGAGACUCCUAAAGAAAAGAAAGAAAAAAUAUGAAAAAAUAUAAUGAAAAGAACACUCGAGACUGAUGACGUCGCUGCUUUUACCGUUUCAUUGAUAUCCACGAUCAUUUUUAGCCGAUCAAAUCGCCUGCGAAUCGAGUAUAAUAAAUCUACACUGUGUCCUAAAUAGCAAUCGGUUGUUUCGAGGCGAUCACCAGUGACAAACUGUUCAUUUUCUUUUCUUUCCUCGAGGUGCGCCGUUGCCUAAAAAGACUGGCGAACGUGAACCUUACCGUUUCUAUGAAGAUUGGGGAGACGGAGUCGAUGGAACUCUUGUGAAGAGAACUCGACGACAUGUAAAUGGGUGUUUAGUAUGAUACAAGUUGGACUCGAUGCGAUCCAACCGAGACGCUUAGCGUCCAUGAUAAUAAGGAUCUGUGCAGCUGGUACUCGCGAUCAAACGGGCGAACCGGAAUCUCUGCCAAGUUGGGUGAACGCCAUGUUUUUGGGUAACGUUUCUUGCUGAUGUUUUACGAAACGAGACAGAACUAAAUGGCGCUUUAAGGAACACGAGAGACAGUGUCAAGGAGCUCUUUAGGUGAAUGAUACCCAAUAGACAGGACAUUUAUCUUGGCUCUCUUCUGAAUCACCGCUAAGUUUCUUGUUGAAUCUGUAGAGGCGAUUGUUCCGAUCGAGAGAUUUUAGGAUUAUUUAGAAGAAAUUUGCUUCUCUUUAGUAUUUAGAAUUCAUUUGAAAAGAAAAUUAAUUAAAAUUACCUGCUAGGCUAAGUAGAUUUCAUUUUAUAUUUUGACUAUCGAAUGGCGGACCAUGGAGAGAGCCCCAAUUUUAUAUUAUUUUCAUUUUCUACAUUUUAUACUGUUUUAUACUAAAGUUUUAUAUUAAGAAUCAUUAAGUAUGCUUCAGUUGAAGAACUAAUUAAGACAGGGGCCAAUAAUUGACGGUAUGAAUCAUACACCCCAAUAAUUUUUAAAUCGCCAUUCGGAUCACGCGAUCGACAAGUAGCUCGUUGUAGGAAAAAGUUAUUUCUGGUUAACAACGAGUAGCAAAGAAUUUAAAUCUUCGCUCGGGAAGCGUUGUUGCGAUAAAGGCAGUCUUUCAUGAGCGCUACUUGUUCCGUGACAAUUCCACAUGCAGCCGCAAUAAUUUUCGCGAUCAAACGGCAUGCUGCACCACCCCGGUUAAUAGUAUCGUCUGACAGUGACAAACGAGCCACCUACGAAAGGACCAGAGAAAUUAAUAGGUGUUGGUUUACUGGUUUCUCUUCGUUGCUUCAGCGAGCUUUGUGCCAGAGACAAGGAACUUUUUCCGGGAAUCAAUUUGACGUUUAAGAAAAUCCACGAACGACGAUUUUUGCUCGUUCAACUCGCAAAAAUUCUGCACAAAAUACGCUCGCGACAUUGGCGAAACGACGGAAUGUUCCAUGAAUAAUGAGAACUAUUCGCAACCCUCUGUUGUACAUUUUUGUGAAUCGAUUUGAAUUUUAUUCGAACCUUAAGGUUUUGAAAUUUUGUUAUUUCUGAUAUUUAGAGCCUUUGCAAAUAUUACAAUUAUCACGAAAGAAAAUAUUCACACGAUUUCAAUGAAGCUUAUUUGUUGAUAAGAUGAAAAAAUGACAGGUGACCCUUGAAAGAAUUACAGGUAACUUGGAAUAACACGGUACUUGAAUUGCACGAAGUCUCGAACAGCGUGGUAAAAAUGACAACCCUUGAAUAAUACGGUGCUUGAGCUGCAUGAAGUUGGAAUAACACAGUCACUUAAUGAAAGAGUACAGCUUACAAUUACUCUUACGAAGAAGUCUACUUAGGUUGUUGAAUAUAUGGAAGCAUUUCCUGAUUUUAUUAAUUUACUAAAUUCUAUAAAUGUUCAUAAUUUAUCUUGAAUUUUCAAUAAAAUUUAUUUUGAAGAAUUACCAAAAGGCAAAUGUAAUUUGCACUUCUAAAUCACCAAUAAUUAUUUUAUUAUUGUACAAAUUAUUUAUAUGCAGUAGAAAAAGAUUUGUAAUUUUUAACAAAAAAAUUUGACACGUUGUUUCAAAAUUGUAUAAAUAUGCGAAAGGGUUAAAGCAGAAAAUAUUUUCAACAUGGGAUCAUUCAAACAAUCAGAGCUCCUCUGCGUUUCAUUUUCCCAGCUUGCUGAAGCGUAUAAUUUUCCUGGGGUUGGUUAGAAAAAAGAAGUGUCAGUGAAAAAUAGAAAUGAAUUCCAUUUCACUCGUUCGUUUAAACAUUCCUCGAAUAUCGGAGUUCUAACUGGUCCACAUUAGUUCUUGCUCGAAAUCACUGAAUUCCGAAAUGUUACCCGAAAUCGAGCUCACCGCUGCAGAUCCUUAAUGUCGGAUCGACAUACGAGGCCAUCACAUAUCCGUGUACGUAUAAUAAAAUUGAUAAGUCGUAGAAUUAGGAACGAUAUACAUACUCGAGACACGUGGAAGAAUAGAAAACUCUUUCACGAGCCACGAGCUUGUCGUAGUUUUCAAUCUAAAAUUCCUCGAAUCCAUGAUUGGACAGAAACGAAGCGAAGAGGUUCGAAAAUUCUAAUCUCAUUGCGUUUCCAUAAAUACAGGUCAUUUUGAGAGAUAAUCGAUGAUCUUGAAUACAGAAAAUAAUUGACAGAAUGUGAUUGAUAAUAAGGUGAAAAUUUUUUAAAAAUUAUUUGUAGAAUAUUUGGAAGGUGUAAAUUCUUAAUUUUCUAAUUUCCCAA